AUGACCCACAGCCCCGCCUCAAGCGAGGACGAGGAACGCCACAGCGCCAGCGAGUGCCCCGAGGGCGGCUCGGAGUCCGACAGCCCCCCAGAGGGGCCCGGGACAGGCCCCCAGGGGACCCGGGGCAGCGGGGCACCUGGUAGCCUGGCCUCGGCGGGAGGCCUCCAGGGCCGCUCCAUGUCCGCCCUGGACGACGCCCACUUCAGCAUGAUGGUCUUCAGGAUCGGCAUCCCGGACCUGCACCAGACAAAAUGCCUGCGCUUCAACCCUGAUGCCACCAUCUGGACCGCCAAGCAGCAGGUGCUCUGCGCCCUGAGCGAGAGCCUGCAGGACGUGCUCAACUACGGCCUGUUCCAGCCCGCCACCUCGGGCCGCGACGCCAACUUCCUGGAGGAGGAGCGGCUGCUGCGGGAGUACCCCCAGUCCUUCGAGAAGGGGGUGCCCUACCUGGAGUUCCGGUACAAGACCCGCGUUUACAAACAGACCAACCUGGACGAGAAGCAGCUGGCCAAGCUGCACACAAAGACCGGACUGAAGAAGUUUCUGGAGUACGUGCAGCUCGGGACGUCUGACAAGGUGGCGCGGCUGCUGGACAAGGGGCUGGACCCCAAUUACCAUGACUCGGAUUCAGGAGAGACCCCCCUGACGCUGGCUGCCCAGACGGAAGGCUCUGUGGACGUGAUUCGAACCCUGUGCCUGGGAGGGGCCCACAUCGACUUCCGAGCCCGGGAUGGCAUGACAGCCCUGCACAAGGCCGCGUGUGCCCGGCACUGCCUGGCUCUCACGGCGCUCCUGGACCUCGGGGGCUCUCCCAACUACAAGGACCGCCGGGGGCUCACCCCUCUGUUCCACACGGCUAUGGUGGGGGGCGACCCCCGCUGCUGCGAGCUGCUGCUGUACAACCGGGCCCAGCUGGGCGUGGCCGACGAGAACGGCUGGCAGGAGAUCCACCAGGCCUGCCAGCGGGGUCACUCUCAGCACCUGGAGCACCUGCUCUUCUACGGGGCUGAGCCCGGAGCCCAGAACGCCUCGGGGAACACGGCCCUGCACAUCUGCGCCCUCUACAACAAGGAGUCCUGUGCUAGGAUCCUCCUCUACCGAGGGGCCAGCAAGGACGUGAAGAAUAACAACGGACAGACCGCCUUCCAGGUGGCAGUGAUCGCUGGGAAUUUUGAACUGGGGGAGCUGAUUCGAAACCAUCGAGAGCAGGACGUGGUGCCCUUCCAGGAGUCCCCCAAGUAUGCGGCCCGGCGACGGGGACCCCCGAGCGCGGGGCUGACGGUGCCGCCCGCGCUGCUGCGGGCCAACAGCGACACCAGCAUGGCCCUGCCCGACUGGAUGGUGUUCAACGCCCCCGGCGCCUCCUCCGCCGCGGCCCCCGCCCCCACCGCGGCGCCCCAGGGCCAGUCGCAGCCCGCGGCCCCCGGCACCAAGCUCAGCACCGGGACCCUCCGAAGUGCCAGCAGCCCCCGGGGCGCCCGGGCUCGCUCCCCGUCCCGAGGGAGGCACCCCGAGGAGGCCAAGAGGCAGCCCCGUGGACGGCCCAGCUCCAGCGGGACGCCCCGGGAACCGGCCGGGGGCACCGGGGGCUCAGGGGGGCCCGGGGGCUCCCUGGGCAGCCGCGGGCGACGCCGGAAGCUCUACUCGGCGGUGCCCGGACGCUCCUUCAUGGCGGUGAAGUCCUACCAGGCCCAGGCCGAGGGGGAGAUCUCCCUGAGCAAGGGGGAGAAGAUCAAAGUGCUGAGCAUCGGGGAAGGCGGCUUCUGGGAAGGCCAGGUCAAAGGUCGCGUCGGCUGGUUCCCCUCCGACUGCCUGGAAGAGGUGGCAAACCGCUCCCAGGAGGGAAAGCAAGAAAGCCGCAGUGACAAGGCGAAGAGACUGUUCCGGCAUUACACGGUGGGCUCCUACGACAGCUUUGAUGCCCCAAGCUUGAUGGAUGGGAUUGGCCCAGGGAGCGAUUACAUCAUCAAGGAGAAGACGGUUCUGCUGCAGAAGAAGGACAGCGAGGGGUUUGGGUUCGUGCUCCGGGGGGCCAAGGCGCAGACCCCCAUCGAGGAGUUCACCCCCACCCCGGCCUUCCCGGCCCUGCAGUAUCUGGAGUCGGUGGACGAGGGCGGCGUGGCAUGGCGCGCUGGACUGCGCAUGGGCGACUUCCUCAUCGAGGUGAACGGGCAGAAUGUGGUGAAGGUGGGCCACCGCCAGGUGGUGAACAUGAUCCGCCAGGGGGGCAACACGCUGAUGGUGAAGGUGGUGAUGGUCACGCGGCACCCCGACAUGGAGGAGGCCGUCCCCAAGAAAGCACCCCAGCAGGCUAAGCGGCUCCCGCCCCCAGCCAUCUCCCUGCGUUCCAAGUCCAUGACCUCAGAGCUGGAGGAGAUGGAGUAUGAGCAGCAGCCGGCGCCCGUGCCCAGCAUGGAGAAAAAGCGGACCGUGUACCAGAUGGCGCUCAACAAACUGGACGAAAUUCUGGCGGCAGCUCAGCAGACCAUCAGUGCGAGCGAGAGCCCUGGGCCUGGGGGCCUGGCCUCCCUGGGCAAACACCGGCCCAAAGGCUUCUUCGCCACCGAGUCGAGCUUCGAUCCCCACCACCGCUCGCAGCCGAGCUAUGAACGGCCUUCCUACCUGCCUCCAGGACCUGGGCUUAUGCUCCGGCAAAAAUCUAUUGGGGCUGCGGAAGACGACAGGCCUUACCUAGCGCCCCCAAGCAUGAAGUUCAGCCGCAGCCUGUCUGUGCCCGGUUCGGAGGACAUCCCCCCGCCCCCCACCACGUCCCCACCCGAGCCCCCUUACAGCACGCCCCCCGCCCCCUCCAUCUCCGGCCGCCUCACGCCCUCCCCCCGGGGCGGGCACUUCAACCCCAGCUCCGGCGGCCCCCUCCCCGCCUCUUCGCCCUCCUCCUUCGACGGGCCCUCCCCUCCCGACACCCGCCUGGGCGGCCGGGAGAAGAGCCUGUACCACAGCGGGCCCCUGCCCCCCGCCCACCACCACCCGCCCCACCACCACCACCACCACGCCCCGCCCCCCCAGCCCCACCACCACCACGCCCACCCCCCUCACCCCCCCGAGAUGGAGACGGGCGGCUCCCCCGACGACCCCCCGCCCCGACUGGCUCUGGGGCCCCAGCCGAGCCUGCGCGGCUGGCGGGGCGGCGGGCCCAGCCCGACCCCGGGCGCCCCGUCCCCGUCGCACCACGGCGGCGCGGGCGGCGGCCCCGCCCAGGCCCCGGCGCUGCGCUACUUCCAGCUGCCCCCGCGCGCGGCCAGCGCCGCCAUGUACGUGCCCGCCCGCUCGGGCCGCGGGCGCAAGGGCCCGCUGGUCAAGCAGACCAAGGUGGAAGGCGAGCCGCAGAAGGGCGGCCUCGCGCCCGCGCCCUCGCCCACGUCGCCGGCGUCCCCGCAGCCGCCGCCCGCCGCCGCCGCGCCGUCGGAGAAGAACUCCAUCCCCAUCCCCACCAUCAUCAUCAAGGCCCCGUCCACCAGCAGCAGCGGCCGCAGCAGCCAGGGCAGCAGCACCGAGGCCGAGCCCCCGCCGCCGCCCGAGGCCGCGGGCGGCUCCUCCGCGCCCAGCACCGCGCCGGCCGCGUCGCCCGCGCCGCCGUCCCCGUCGCCCGCGCCCGCCCCCGCCUCGCCCAGCGGCCCGGCCACCCUGGACUUCACCAGCCAGUUCGGGGCGGCCCUGGUGGGGGCGGCGCGCCGGGAGGGCGGCUGGCAGAGCGAGGCCCGACGGCGCUCCACGCUCUUCCUCUCCACCGACGCGGGCGACGAGGAGGGCGGCGACGGCGCGCUGGGCUCGGGCGCGCCCCCGGGCCCGCGGCUGCGCCACUCCAAGUCCAUCGACGAAGGCAUGUUCUCCGCCGAGCCCUACCUCCGCCUGGAGGCCGGGGGCGGCGGCUACGGGGGCUACGGCGCCGCCAGCCGCGCCUACGGGAGCAGCGGGGGCAGCAGCGCCUUCACCAGCUUCCUGCCGCCGCGGCCCCUGGUCCACCCGCUGACCGGCAAGGCCCUGGACCCCGCCUCCCCGCUCGGGCUGGCGCUGGCGGCCCGCGAGCGGGCGCUGAAGGAGUCCUCGGAGGGCGGGGGCGCCCCCCAGCCGCCGCCCCGGCCCCCGUCGCCCCGCUACGAGGUCCCGCCGCCCACCCCGCACCACCACUCGCCCCACGCCCACCACGAGCCGGUGCUGCGUCUCUGGGGGGCCUCCCCUCCGGACCCCGCCCGCCGGGAGCUGGGGUACCGGGCGGGGCUGGGCGGCCCGGAGAAGCCCCUCGCGGCCAGCCCGCCCGCCGCGCGGCGCUCCCUGCUGCACCGCCUGCCGCCCACGGCGUCCGGGGUGGGGCCCCUCCUGCUGCAGCUGGGCCCGGAGCCCCCCGCCCCGCUCCCCGGGGUGAGCAAGGCCUGGCGGGCCGGAGCCCCCGAGGAGCCCGAGCGGCUGCCCUUACACGUGCGGUUCCUGGAGAACUGCCAGCCGCGGGCCGGGGGGGCGGGGGGCCGGGGUCCCCCCGCGGAGGAUGGCCCGGGGGUCGCGCCGCCCAGCCCGCGCCGCUCGGUGCCCGCCUCGCCCACCUCCCCGCGGGGCAGCGAGGAGAACGGGCUCCCCCUGCUGGUCCUGCCGCCCCCCGCCCCCUCCGUGGACGUGGAGGACGGCGAGUUCCUCUUCGUGGAGCCGCUGCCCCCGCCCCUGGAGUUCUCCAACAGCUUCGAGAAGCCCGAGUCGCCGCUCACGCCCGGGCCUCCGCACCCCCUGCCGGACCCCCCCACCCCGACCACCCCGCUGCCCCCCGCGCCCCCCGCCGUCGCUGCCGCCCCGCCCACCCUGGACUCCACCGCCUCCAGCCUGACCUCCUACGACAGCGAGGUGGCCACGCUGACCCAGGGCGCUCCCGCGGCUCCGGGGGACGCCCCUGCGCCCGGCCCGCCGGCCCCCGCCGCCCCGGCCGCCCCCGCGCCCCAGCCUGGGCCGGACCCUCCGCCCGGCACGGACUCCGGGAUCGAGGAGGUGGACAGCCGGAGCAGCAGCGACCACCCCCUGGAGACCAUCAGCAGCGCGUCCACGCUGAGCAGCCUGUCGGCCGAGGGUGGCGGCAGCGCAGGCGGCGGGGGUGGCGGCGGGGCCGGGGUGGCCAGCGGGCCGGAGCUGCUGGACACCUACGUGGCCUACCUGGACGGCCAGGCCUUCGGGGGCAGCGGCACCCCCGGCCCACCGUACCCCCCGCAGCUCAUGACUCCGUCUAAGCUCCGCGGCCGGGCUCUGGGGGCCAGCGGGGGCCUGCGCCCCGGCCCCAGCGGGGGACUCCGCGACCCCGUCACCCCCACGAGCCCCACCGUCUCCGUGACGGGGGCCGGGACGGACGGGCUGUUGGCCUUGAGUGGUUGUUCAGGACCCUCGACGGCAGGUGUGACUGGGGGUCCAGUAGCCGUGGAACCAGACGGCCCGCCGGUGCCCUUGUCGUCCGCCUCGUCCCUGCCGCGGAAGCUGCUGCCCUGGGAGGAGGGCCCGGGCCCCCCGCCGCCGCCGCUGCCCGGGCCCCUGGCCCCGCCUCAGGCCUCAGCCUUGGCCACAGUGAAAGCCAGCAUCAUCAGCGAACUCAGCUCCAAGCUCCAGCAGUUUGGGGGCUCCUCGGCAGCUGGUGGCGCUCUGCCCUGGGCCCGGGGAGGCAGCGGGGGAAGCGGGGACAGCCACCACGGGGGAGCGAGCUACGUCCCCGAGAGGACCUCCUCCCUGCAGCGGCAGAGACUCUCCGAAGACUCCCAGUCCUCGCUCCUCUCCAAACCCGUGAGCAGCCUGUUUCAGAACUGGCCCAAAACACCCCUGCCGCCGCUUCCCACCGGGACCGGGGUCCCUUCCGCUGCUGCGGCCCCGGGGGCCACCUCGCCCUCGGCCUCCUCCUCCUCCACGUCCACCCGCCACCUCCAGGGUGUGGAAUUCGAGAUGCGGCCGCCCCUGCUCCGCCGGGCCCCCAGCCCCUCGCUCCUGCCCACGUCGGAGCACAAGGUCAGCCCCGCGCCCCGGCCCUCGUCCCUGCCCAUCCUGCCUUCGGGACCCCUCUAUCCGGGCCUCUUUGACAUCCGCAGCUCUCCCACGGGAGGGGCCGGGGGCUCGGCCGACCCCUUCGCCCCCGUCUUUGUGCCACCGCACCCGGGGAUGUCCGGGGGCCUCGGGGGAGCCUUGUCCGGGGCCUCCCGCUCCCUCUCACCGACCCGCCUGCUUUCGCUGCCCCCGGACAAGCCUUUCGGCGCCAAGCCCCUGGGGUUCUGGACCAAGUUCGAUGUGGCCGACUGGCUCGAGUGGCUGGGCUUGGCUGAGCACCGAGCCCGCUUCCUGGACCACGAGAUCGACGGCUCCCACCUGCCCGCCUUGACCAAGGAGGACUACGUGGACCUGGGCGUGACCCGGGUGGGCCACCGCAUGAACAUCGACCGGGCUCUCAAAUUUUUCCUGGAGAGGUGA